AUUUUAUUGUUUUUAUCAAGUCGUGGUGGUGUGCUAUAGAAGCAGUUGGAAACGAAAUAUCCAAAAAGGGUAUUGAAGCGUCCGUACUCACAGUGUGGUCUUUAAGCGACAUUGCCAUUCAACAGAAGUGGCCUACAUCAGCUGAUAGUGUUGACAAUAAAGUACAUACCAUAUCGUCGAAAUUUCCAAGAGAGUGUGUGAAAAAAAAUAUGGACAGGAAACUGCACAGUGGCAUGCACCAUCCCACCCUGCGACUGCUGCAGGAGUCGGGCUGUGAGAUCUCAGCGCACAACCUGAUGUACCCCGUCUUCAUUGUGAGCAACGAUGACGAUGUGCAGCCAAUUGCAAGCAUGCCGGGGAUUUCCAGGUUCGGAGUGAACCGUCUGCGGGAGCAUCUGGAGCCGCUGGUCCAGAAGGGGCUGACCUCCGUGCUGAUAUUCGGCGUGGUAGAGUCCGAACUGAAAGACGAGGAGGCCUCGAAUGCGGACUCGGCAGUAAACCCAGUGGUGCGAGCACUGCCCAAGCUGCGGGAGUGGUUUCCCGACCUACUAAUUGCUUGCGACGUGUGCAUCUGUCCGUAUUCGUCGCACGGCCACUGUGGUCUCCUGGGCAAAAACGGCCUGGAGAACGGACCGAGCAUAAAGCGGAUUGCCGAGAUCGCCGUAGCGUAUGGACAGGCUGGUGCCCACAUAGUGGCUCCCUCGGACAUGAUGGACAAUCGCGUGCGGGCUAUUAAGCAGGCCCUUAUCGACGCUAGCCUGAACAGUGUCUCGCUACUGGCAUAUUCAGCCAAGUUUUCUUCCAACUUCUACGGUCCGUUCCGGGAGGCGGCUCAGUCGGCCCCCAAGUUUGGCGACCGUCGGUGCUACCAGCUGCCCAGCGGAUCCCGCAGCCUAGCCAUGCGCGCAAUUCAGCGCGACGUCAGCGAGGGAGCGGACAUGCUGAUGGUGAAGCCCGGCAUGCCAUAUCUGGACAUUCUACGACAGACCAAGGACUCCUGUCCCUACCACACACUGUACGUGUACCAGGUGUCGGGCGAGUACGCCAUGCUCUAUUACGCCGCCAAGGCAGGAGCCUUCGAGCUGCGAGAUGCCGUCCUUGAGUCCAUGCGAAGCUUCCGUCGCGCGGGUGCCGAUUGCAUCAUUACCUACUACACCCCGUACCUGCUGGACAUCAUUGGCCGAACCGCCUAAAAACGUUCAAACCACUAUACAUCGAAAGUCUCAAAAAGCGUACAAUCCAUACUACACAGCACGUAUAUAUAUUUCAAAUAGUUUUCCCCUGGUGUCGUCUUUAGCUUUAUGGAACUUUCACUGUGUAAUUAAUGUGUAAUCACCAUUACUGGUGUUUCUGUCGUCAGAAUAAAACUUCGUAUACGUAUAUACAAAA